UCUGAAAUGCAUCGAGCUCCUCCUGCUCACACACAUCCUUUUCUCUCUAUUGGCUAUAUCAAUAAACUGGAGGUGGAACUUGCUUCUAACUACCUUCCCUUUUCCAACACAGUAUAAGUAACAGCAGCAGGCAGGCUGGCAUUGCACAGAAAACCGAGUACUAUUUAUGGCUUGAAAUGAUUUUUUUUUAGAACUCAUCAGCUGGGACUGAAAGCAUUGUGGCUCCUCUUGAGAUUCGAUUCUCACAGAGAAUGAAAGUACUUCACCAAAUUCCAAGCUGUAUGAACGAGGAGCGGCAGUCAGCUAUACGGUCCCAGAGGCUACAGGCACAUGUGGCAUUGAAUGAAUCAACCCUGACUGCAAAACAUUACAUCUUUAUCUUGCUUCUUGGAAUCUGCUUUCCUGCUGUUGCAUCCCAUGUCACUGUUUGGAAGAGCCCCCUCUCAGGAAAAAGACUAUCCACAGAUUCAUUCAAAGAGGUGGAGAAGAGAGAGAGAGAGGUGGAUUUAAUUCACAAGCUGACAAAAGGAUUGUUAGCUCCUGGAUCAGUGCUUUUUGGAAGAUGAACUUCACAUACCACUACAGAGUUCAUCAGCAUCUUGACUUGUGGAACCACAGCUACAGGCUACGUGGUGGAGCUAUGAACCGAUCCCUGGGGAAGAGUUACACUUCAGAAGGAUGCUACGAGCAACUUUUUGUCUCGCCGGAAGUCUUUGUUACUCUUGGCUUUGUCAGCUUGCUAGAGAAUGUCCUGGUGAUCGUGGCUAUAGCCAAGAACAAGAAUUUGCAUUCCCCAAUGUAUUUUUUCAUUUGCAGCUUAGCUGUGGCAGACUUGCUUGUGAGUGUCUCCAAUGGGUCGGAAACUAUCGUCAUCACCCUCUUGAACAACACAGACGUGGGCAGCCACAGUUUCACAGUCAGCAUUGACAAUAUAAUUGACUCGGUGAUCUGCAGCUCCUUGCUCGCCUCUAUUUGUAGUCUGCUCUCCAUAGCUGUGGACAGGUACUUUACCAUCUUCUAUGCUCUCCAGUACCAUAACAUCAUGACGGUCCGGCGCGUAGGUAUCAUUAUCACCUGCAUCUGGGCUGCUUGCACUGUUUCAGGCAUCCUGUUCAUCAUAUAUUCCGACAGCAGCGUGGUCAUCAUUUGUCUCAUCAGCAUGUUCUUUACCAUGCUAGUCCUCAUGGCAUCUCUCUAUGUCCACAUGUUCCUCCUGGCCCGGCUGCAUAUUAAAAAGAUUGCCAUUCUUCCAGGCACGGGACCCAUCUGUCAACGGGCCAACAUGAAGGGGGCAAUCACUUUGACCAUUUUGAUUGGGGUUUUUGUGGUGUGCUGGGCCCCACUCUUCUUCCAUUUGCUUUUCUACAUCUCCUGCCCCCACAAUCCGUACUGCAUUUGCUUCAUGUCACAUUUUCACCUCUACCUCAUCCUUAUCAUGUGCAAUUCCAUUAUUGAUCCACUUAUUUAUGCAUUCCGGAGUCAAGAGCUGAGGAAAACCUUCAAAGAGAUUAUGUGCUGUUACAGCCUGCGAGAGCUGUGUGAUUUCUCCAGCAAAUACUGAAUGGACACAGCGAAGCUCUUUUACUUAUGCACCUUUUACAGAGGCUGGCGUUUUCUCCACUGCUGCUAAGACUGUGGGCUAAAUGGAUGAGAAAGAACAUUGUUUUACUGGGAUUAUUAAAUGUAUUUAUCCACUUUUAUGCUUGUCAAGCCAUCAAGUGUAAUUAUUUAAAUGCUAAAAGUGUUGCUCCUGCUCCUGCUUAAGGUUAGGAAUGUCUCUACAGACUGUUAUUAAAGGAAUAUGUGUCCAUAUUUUCAAAACUGUGAUAUAGUUAGAACAAUAAUGCUGAGAAUUAAGCCAGAAAAUAUUUCCUUAAUAUAUAUUGCAUGCCUCACUGUUCUUUGCCUUGUUCUAUUAAGCUACUUAUGUUUGAAAGCAGGAGAAGUGUUUUGCCUUGAACAAAAACAUUUAACUUGAAAUGUGAUAAAAAAUAUUAUCUUUUCCACUGA